GUUUAUAGUAAAUAAUGAAUUAAAUCUGAUAAUUUUUAAGGCAACAAGCGUCGUAUCAAAACUAUUGCCGAAUAGACUAGAACUUCAUUCGGAAAACACGAACGUGGAAACUUUUGGACGAAGUUUUCUUGCUCUGUUCAUCGAAGGAAGAAAAAUAUGGGAUGUGGUGGAAGCAAGAGCGUAAAAACAAAGAAUUCUACUACUAAUUCUGGAUCACUCGAGAAGCGACAGAUUGAUUUGGUGAGAGAGUCAUGGGAGCUUGUCAAGCCUGACAUCAGUAACCAUGGUAUGACGUUUUACACAAGGCUAUUUACCGAGCAUCCCGAAAUGCAGCAGUUAUUCUCCUUCAAAGAUGUCGAAGGAAUCGACAAACUGAAAGAUGACGAACGCUUCCAGAACCAGGCCAGGCGCGUCAUGGAGAUGGUGGGGAGCGCCGUGGAGGGACUGGAUGACAUUCCUGCUCUCGCUGUCGUUCUGAAGACUCUGGGCUCUACACACGUCAAGUAUAAUGUCAAGGAAGAACAUUAUGGGCCCGUCGGUGAAGCACUGAUCUUUGCCUUAGAAAAAGGCCUGGGAGACAAGUUUACAUCAGAGACCAGAGAGGCUUGGCUUGCUGUUUAUGGGAUAGUCGCUGACAAUAUGAAAGCGGGCGCACGAGAGGCACCUCCGGCAUAAAAAGGCAAACAGUGAUGCGCAUGCGCCAUACAAACAAACAUUUAUAAUCGAAUCUGACUCCUGAGAUUUCUGUAAAUAAAAACAGUGUUGAUGUAUAUAGCAGAUUUUAGAAAUAGAUAAUACGUAAUGCAUUAGCUUUUACUAAUAGAGUGUUAACUACUAUCAGUGUUAACUCAGGAAAUUUGCAGUACAGAUUGGAUGAUGUCGGCCCUAUUGACUUCGAAAAGAUUUUAUGUGUUAACUGAAGUCUGUGUUCGACAUUUAUCUAUCACUUGUGUUUGUGUCAGGGUUUUUUUUUUGUGUCAGGGGAAUUGAUGUAACCAAAAAUGACGUCAUGAUUUAGAAAAUCAAACGUCAUCCGCCAGUCUACAGAGGACGAAGAGCCUUCUAGGUCAGGCGGACCCAUCCCAAGUGUGAUUCUUUUCUCAUACUAUUCUCACUGAAUAA